GUCUCCACGCCUGGGCAGGAGGCGGCUGCCCACCUCUGAGGCCCAUCUCGUGCCUGCUUCUGUGCUUGCUGUCUCGUGGACAGAACAUCUGCGGCUGCUUCCCAAGGCCAGGAGCCGGGUCUUGGGGGAACAGCUUAGCACUGGGGACUGCGCCUUAGGAGAGCCACGCUGCAGCCUCCUGCGCCACCCUCUCUCCAGGGGAAGGAGCUGACAGAGGGACCCUGAGCCCAGCCUGCCCCUGCAUCCAGCCCCAGGUGGGCAUGGACUGGCAGUCCUGAGCAGCCAGAGCGGAUGCCCGGCCCCCAGGGGGGCGGAGGAGCCCCCACCAUGAGCCUGGGCAAGCUGUCACCCGUGGGCUGGGUGUCCAGCUCGCACGGGAAGAGGCGGCUGACCGCAGACAUGAUCAGCCCCCCACUUGGGGACUUCCGCCACACCAUGCAUGUGGGCCGCGGAGGGGAUGUCUUCGGGGACACCUCCUUCCUCAGCAACCACGGUGGCAGCUCCAGAGGCAACCACCGCUCACCCCGCAGCUUCCUGGCCAGGAAGCUGCAGCAGGUGCGGAGGGUCGGGGUGCCAGCCAGGAGAAUGGCCUCGCCGCCUGCACCCUCGCCGGCUCCUCCUGCCGUCUCGCCCAUCAUCAAGAAUGCAAUCUCCCUGCCCCAGCUCAACCAGGCCGCCUAUGACAGCCUGGUGGUGGGCAAGCUCAGCUUUGACAGCAGCCCUUCCAGCUCCACGGACGGCCGCUCCACCUACGGCCUGGACUCUGGGUUCUGCACCAUCUCCCGCCUGCCCCGCCUAGAAAAGGCCAGUGAGCGAGACCGGGACCCUUCCUUCCCCUGUGAGCCUGAGCUGCGCCGCUCUGACUCACUUUUGUCCUUCCGCCUCGACCUUGACCUCGGGCCCUCGCUCCUCAGUGAGCUGCUGGGGGUCAUGAGCCUUUCAGAAGUCCCUGCGGCUGAGACCCCAGCCCCGUCUUCAAAUCCCCUAACCGCUGCCACAAACCCCUCAGCCCCUCCUGCAAAUCCCGAGGACCCCUCUGCAAACCCGCUGGCUCCCACCCCACGGCCGCCUGCUCCUGCCACAAGCCCGCCGGCCCCUGUUGCACAGCCCGCACCCCAUGGACGUUUCCCCAAUGGGGUAACUGCUGGAUUGGGCCCAGGAGUGGAUGUGAGGGCCAGCCUGGUGGGAGAGGAAAUCCCAGGAGACAUGGCCCUAGGCAGGCACCGGGGAGCCAGCCAGGGUGGCACCCAGGGCAGCCGCCACUGCACAGAGGUGGAUGCCGGGCAGGAGCCCACAGAGGGCUCCUGGGAGAGCCUGGAGGAAGAGUGGAGGGCGCCCCGGGCAGGCGGCAGGGCCUCCGUGCCCAGCUCGGUGCAGGCUGACACCUUUGAGUUUGCUGACGCUGAGGAUGAUGAGGUGAAGGUGUGAGGGCUGGGGCUCAGGACCUGCCAGGUCUCCCCAGAUUCCUGCUGGGCUCUGCAGAGCAGACAUGGAAGGGGAUCGGGGGAGCCUGUCCUGGGACCUGGGCCCCACCCAUGCCGCCCCCAAGGCUGGAGGGCCGGCCUCACAGUGUGGCCUUUGUGCCUGAGGAAGCUGCCCUAGGCGAGGGGCUGACCACACAGGGCCAUUGUCUGCUCUUCCCAGUCAGAUGCCUGCCCCAGCUCAUGGGACACCGCCCCCCAAGGUCCCUCCCAGGCGUCCUCCCCAGCAUUCCCGCUUGUCCCAAAGCCUCACAGGUCAGGUGCGGGAAGAAUCCUGCCCUCCUGGGUCCCCAGACCUGCUCUGGGCUUCAUUAAAGAAAGCUUUUUUAAUAAAAGUUGUCCUGCUAGAAGCUUGGGGACCUGGGACAGCCGCUUAGCCCCCUACUGAGAUGCCCUCCCCUCCUGGAGUUUGGAAAGUACUCAGCCCCAUCCGGGAGGGAGGCCAGGUGGGUACUGAGUAACCAGGCUGGAAUGUCUGCCCGAGAUAAGGGCCCAGGUGCAAGCCUUAUCUGCAGUUUCUGGGGCAGCCCCUGGUCCAGGAGCCCCACAGUCCCACAGGCCGCUUGACAUUUACUCACGAUAACGGGGAGCUAGGCAGGAGUGGGUACUUGGGGCCAUUUGGGAGCACACAGCCCAGCCUCCCUAUCUUGCAGAACUAUCCUUGUGCCUCAGUUUCCUCUUUAUAUCAUGAGAAUGCCAGGAGCAUUAAAAUGCAUGGAAAGCAAUAAUAACCACAGUUCUACCACAGAGACCUCCAUAAAAGUGUUUACUCU